AUGGCUGAUUCGAACCCUAUCAAAGUUGGACAGAUUCGUCCCAUUUCCGCCUCAUCCGUACGAGCUGGUGGACUACUCUACGGCCGCCCCUUGUGGACACAACAGGUUCUGACAACUCCGGUCGAAGUGCCACACACAUUUGAACUGCACCGAAGUGCAAAACCCACAGUUUGUCAACAUUGUCGCCGAUUGCUUCAUGGAUUAUUCAGACAGGGUUUACAGUGCAAAGAUACUGGUUCCAUCCGUGCCGGGAGUUUGGCCGAUCAUCUCAGCGCGGGCAAGCUGAAAAAGAAGUUAUUUCUCCGUGGACAAACAGUGGGCACAAUAAAUGCGGCCGAAUCAUCACAUACCCCGUUUCCCACCGGCCGGGUGGACUGUCGAUCCGCAGGUCGCCUUCGUCGCCAGCUCACCGAGGAAGAAACAGAAGAGCGUUUGGAAACGAAAAAUGCAUACAUGCAAAGAGUGGAUUUCGUCAAUCAGAAAGAGUUUCCCCGAGACUCGGCGCGACGUAAGGCAAGCUUUCGAUCGUCACAACAUAAACGAAAUAUGGCCAGCGGAUUCGAUGUACACAGUUCUCGGGUUAUGGCCAAAUCAGAUGAAAAACCGUGCAGUAUUGAAAGCACUGAUGGUGCAAUCGAAGCCCCCGCGUUGGAACGAGAACGAUCCAUUGAACGUGGCAUGCCAAAGAUGAGACCGGGAACAAGCAAAACCGGACCGCGAAAUAUUCCACUAAUGCGAGUGAUUCAAUCGGUGAGGCAUACAAAACGACCUGGGGCCGAACUGAUCAUUCGCGAGUCCUGGAUGGUGCACAGAACGAACAAGGAUCCAAUGCUUCGACGACAUUUUUGGCGCAUCGGGGCAAAAGCGAUCACAAUGUUCUACCACGAAAGAACAAAUCGAUACUACAAGGAAAUUCCCCUCAGCAGUAUCAUUUGCUUGGAACCAAGCGGGACUAAUUAUUUUCCAUGGAAAGAAGAAGGAUCCACUGUGCAUCGGGAACAGUCUACGAAUGCCGAUCCCAAUUCUAAUAGUCUGCCGACCCUGGAUGACCCAGCGCAAGGGGAUCGGUACAACAAUACGCGUCCAUCGAAACCAAACCAUGUGUUUGAGAUGCGAUGUGUUGAUGGUACGGUUUAUUUUGUCGGACAGCUGGCCUAUGGUGAAAGUAUGGACACAGAAGUCAGUGGUGCGUUCAAUAGCAAAUCGCGCCGCAAAUCCCAUUUCCCCACACUUCCAUCCGCUCAGUCUUAUGCGAGAAAAGCAUCAGCCCCAAUGUAUGGUCUCAUCCACUUGGUCGAACUCCUCCCACAAGUAACAACACCAUCACAGCUACUGGACCCGAAAAAUUCCAUGAAUUGGUUCAAUAGACCAACAAGUAAUUGUGUGGAAGAGAUUGACGGCACUGAGGGGGUUUACCGCGCCGCCAUACUGCCCCCUCCGCCGGGAACUGGAUUGGAUAUGGCUAAACAUUUGGAAACCGCUCUACGUCAGUCCCUUCUGCCACUUACUUCGAAAACCAGUUCACAAACCACGCGUUCCUCAAAUGCAAGUUCGAAACCGUUGAACAAUAUGGAUCCGGCCUCUAGUCCAGUCUGUGAUCUGAUCCCAGUAAACAUAACCGAAGGGGCUGGCAUUCCAUCGAGUUCUAAAUUAGACUCAAAUACCACAGGGAUUGAACCAGAACUGGGUGAUCAGGACAAUUUCAAUUCACCAUCAAUGAAUCAACUGGAACUAGCGGCGGAGGAUGAAGAAGGCACAGGUUCGUCUGCUCUGUAUUUUCUCAGUACGGUCUUUUGGGUCGUAUCACGAGAGAGAGCAAAAGAUAUGCAUGUAUCAAUUAUCCACAAUAGUAUGGUUUUAUUUCCAGGGAAAUUCUGUGCCGAUGAAGCCACCGGUUAA